AUGACCCACGAUCCAGGCGUGUCUGCAAUCCUAGAAAUCAAUAAGACAAGAGAGCACAGAGGCUGCAUAAAGGAAGUGGAGAUAGUGGCGAUGUUCUCCACUGACUUGAUAGAGUCCAAACAGGAGCGUGUUGCCAUCAAUGGAGUUGAGCCUCAGAUGAUUGGCAUGCUGGUGAGCUACGCCUACACAUCAGAGGUCUACAUCUCGAAAGCAAACGUGCAGGCCCUGCUGGCAGCAGCCAAUCUGCUGGACGUGAUGGCUGUGCGAGAGGCCUGUUGUCAGUUUAUGGAGCGUCAGAUGGAUGAGAUGAACUGUGUGGGGAUUCACUGCUUUGCCGAGGCGCAUUCGUGUAAGGUGCUGGAGAAACGCAGCAUGGACUACAUUCAUGAGCACUUCAGCAGCGUUUCUCAGCAGGAGGAGUUCCAGUCGCUGUGCGUGGACAAACUGACAGAAAUCAUUGCCAGUGAUAAUCUCAACGUGCCUUACGAGGAGAUGGUGUUUGAGGCCGCCAUGUCGUGGCUGAAUAAAUGCACCUCUCGCAAACAGAGCUUUGAAAAGGUCCUCGAACAUAUCCGGCUGCCUCUCAUCAGCCCCUACUACCUCCACGAUGUGAUCGAGUCCCUGGAUGUGGUGAAGGAGAACCAGCGAUGCCAGAAGCUCAUCUCUGAAGCAAAGGACUACCUGCUGCUGAAGGACCGCCGCGGAGAGCUCUACUGCCCCAGAGCGAGGCCGCGCAGGUCCACAGGGACAGCUGAAGUGAUAGUGACAGUUGGCGGGGAGGAUGACAAGGUGGUGCUGCGCAGCGUCGAGAGCUUCGAUCCAGUGACGAAUCAGUGGAAGAAUCUGGCCUGCCUGCCCUUCGCUGUGAGCAAACACGGGCUGGUCGUGUCAGACUCCACUCUGUAUUUGGCAGGAGGAGAGUUUCCUGAUGGCUCAGCCAGCAGGGAGAUGUGGCGCUACGAUCCGUGCUUCGACUCCUGGAUGGAGAUGGCGCCCAUGAAUGUCGCGCGUUCUGAGUUAGGCCUGGUGAUGCUGGACGGCUUCGUGUAUGCAGUGGGCGGGUGGGAGGGACGCUCUCGUCUGGACUCGGUGGAGUGCUACAACCCUCACACCAACUCCUGGCAGUUCACGGAGUCUGUCAAGAUGGCCGUCACGAGUCCCGCGGUGGUCUCUCUGGACGGACUGCUCUAUGUCACCGGUGGCGCCAUUCUAGAGGAUGGCGACGGCACAGACCUCGCUCAGAUGUACAACCCUAAAACGUCUGUAUGGACGGAGGUAGCGCCCAUGCAGAUCGCUCGCUCUGGCUCAGCUGCUUGCACACUGAAAGGAAAGGUUUAUGUAAUAGGUGGGUGGCAUGCAUCGACAGAGAACACAGAUAAGGUGGAGUGUUACAAUCCCAAAACCAACCAGUGGACCAUGUGCGCCCCCAUGAAAGAGCGACGCUACCGGCCCGGCGUUGCUGUGGUGGACGGAAAAAUCUACGUCCUGGGAGGAGAGGAAGGCUGGGACAGGUGA